AUGCCUCGACGAGGACGUUCUGCAAGUCCACCACCAGCGCCCCAAAGGCGGGCUGCUCCUCCACCAAGCCGUGUGCCUGCCCCUGCACCGCCUUCUAUGCCGGCAACUAGCGUUGCUCAGCCUCAACAACCUUCUAUGUUCAGUCAAAUGGCCGCAACAGCAGGAGGUGUUGCCGUAGGCUCAGCCGUGGGUCAUGUGGCUGGUAGUGCUCUUACAGGAAUGUUUAGUGGCGGAGGUAGCAGUGAGCCAGCUCAACAGCAGGCUGCUCAGCCAGCCCAAGCCACUUACCAGCAAUACGAGGGUACACAGCAACCCCAAGGACCCUGUGCUUGGGAAAUUAAGCAGUUCCUGGAAUGUGCCCAACAGCAAAGUGAUCUUUCUCUUUGUGAGGGAUUCAAUGAAGCUCUUCGUCAAUGCAAAGUCAACAACCAUCUUUAA